AGCAAACGGUGCAUUUUAUUUCAUACUACAACAAUGUCCGUGGCAAGCGAGUCCGAAACGUCCGUUCCACAAGAUGCGAAAUUUUUGGGUAAAGGAGCUUACGGUAUUGUUUACGAAGGAACAUGGAAUGGAAAGAAAGUGGCCAUCAAGCGGAUUGACAAGAUAGAAUUCUCCGAUUCAAACAGUUCAGCUGCCGAUCCAACCAACGCACAACGACAAAGGGAGGAAGACAACAUGAAAAAUUUGGACCAUUCCAACGUUCUCACACUUCUUCACGUCGAAAUCGAUAAGCAUUUCAAGUAUUUUUAUCUCGAGCUGUGCGAAGGCACGAUUGGAGAUUACAUCAGAAGAAAUUACACUGGUCCUAUGCCACCACCUGAAGCUGAUUCCCUGUAUCAAAUGGCCGCUGGAUUGGCUUACAUUCACUCAAAGGGCCUGGUGCAUCGAGACAUUAAAGACGACAACAUUUUGAUAUACAAAUCGCCUACUGAAGGAGAAACGUGGCUCAAGAUUUCUGACUUUGGCUUUUCGAAGCCAACGACGGCCAGUGGCAGCUACUCAAUGAAAAGUGGCGUCAAAGGUACACGACUCUACCUAUCACCUGAGCUUCUCAUGUUAGAAUUAGAGCAAGAGAAUGACGGUAUAAAACCUCAUCAAAAGAGCAACAGAUCGUCCGACAUCUUUGCUCUGGGUUGUGUCUUUUUCAGCUAUUUGAAUAAAGGAAAACAUCCGUUCGAGGAUUUUAGGGGAUUUUUUCAUAUUCCGGUGAACGUUAUGGAAGGAAAGUACAACGUUAAGGGGAUCACAGAUCCACUUUUCCAACACAUCGUUGAGGGAAUGAUUGCUGCUGACCCACUUAAACGUUUAGGUCUUGACGCAGUCAAAUUAAAGCUAAAGCCUCGUUUAACUGAAGUAUAUCAAGAAGCAGAAAACAUUGAAAAUUGAUUUGGUAAACAAGUACAAGGGUAAAUCUAGAAAAAAGCACUAAGGAUUGCUACGUACGCAUGUCUGUCAACAGAAAUAGUUCAAAUUACUUGCACCUUUGGAUUGACCGUUACCAAAUAACUUUAAUGA